AUUUGACUUGGACUUUUGUGGAAUUGAACACAAACUGGAAUGAGUUUGAGGAACCCUUGGAAACCAGUCUUCAUGAGUGGGACCCUUUACUGAAAUCUGGAUAUUGGAUGCAGAGGCUAGUGAGGUGAUGGUACUGCAUAGGGGCCAGAUGGCUGGAGCCCAGAAUGAGCUGAGUUUCUAUCCAAUUCUCUAAGAGCCGCCAGGACUCCACCGAUCACAAGGAGACACUGAGGAGUGCCCGGUGGUGAGCCCAUGAGGUCGUCUAUGCUGGCCCUGCUCCUCCUCAUUAGUGCCCAGGCAGUGGCCUCCACCAGGAUCACAAAGCAGCAGGACGCAGGCACCUCUAUACCCACAGUGGACUCCAAACUGUUCAGAAAGAGACGUCACCUCUCACCCAGGGUGCUUCUCAGCGCUCAGCCCCCUGAUGCAGAGCCUUCAUGGGCCCGGGGCACCAGGAAGAGCCGACAAGCAGGGCAACCCCAGCACAGGGGCAUGUACUCCGUGUGUGACAGUGUCAGCAACUGGGUAGGGAACAAAACCAAAGCAACUGAUAUUUUAGGAAAUGAGGUGACAGUGUUACCAGAUGUAAAGAUCAACAAUGUGAACAAGAAGCAAUAUUUCUUUGAAACAACCUGUCACACAUCGCGUUCCGGGGCUGGGUCAGGCUGUUUGGGGAUUGAUUCAAGACACUGGAACUCCUACUGCACCAACUCCCACACAUUUGUUCGGGCUCUGACCUCUCACGACAACUUAGUGGCCUGGAGACACAUCCGCAUCAAUGUUGCGUGUGUCUGUGUGCUUAGCCGCAAAUCAUGGCGGCAAUAAACAUUUGUCAUUACAUAUCACCAUCUGUAAGAGAUAACCACAAAUACAUUCAACAAAAGACAUUUCUGCACAUUCAUAACUGCCAAAGACAGACCACUCCCCACACACAGGAAGUUAUUGGUGUGCUCUAUUAUGGUCUGGUCUGGGUCAAAAAUAAAUCAUGUUUUGAAAAGUUAAAAUUGAUGACAUGGAUUGGUUUAUAGGGUAUAGUGUAGUAGAAAUACUUCUGAAGAAUUGACAAAAGACUUAUUUGAAAUACCAUU